GAGUGGACACUAUCGGCCCGCAGAAGUCACCCGCAGUACUUCUCCCAUAGCUGUCCCCGCGCCGCAACUGCGCGAAUACUUGUCCCUCUCAGUGGUCAUAACAAAGUGGCGCAGUCACAUCUAAUAUACCUGAUCCUUUCCUCCGCAUACAUCCCACGCCUGAUCUCCACUCGCAAUGACGCGAACACGACGACAACAACCGCCUUCUUCAUCACCUCAUCGCUCGGAAAGCACGGAAACCGCCGUCUCCGAGCAUUCAGUGGUAAGAAGGACUCCGACUUCACCAUAGAAGGCUUCUUCGCUAUAUUCAACAGAGCCUUCCGCACACUCUCCGAUGACCUCAAGAUCGACCGUCUCAUGGAGUACCUCGAAGGUGAAGCUGCUGACUACUUCGGCACAAACAUACUUCUGACCGAAAGCAUCACGUGGUCAGAAGUCACACAGAAACUCACCGCUCGUUACGCGCACUCAGACAUUCAGCCCUUGAAUGCCGCUGUUUGCCGCCUCCUUCUGCCUGACGAAAAAGUUCGUCAGUAUUUCGACGCCAAAACUCGUAUCCUCCGCCGCGUCUCCGGUCUUAGCGAACAAGACAUGACAGGACUUCUCACACAAGGUCUCCCUGAGAAGUACCGCGAACAUUUCAUGGGUAAGCGUCCUGAUCUCUCCAAAUGGCUGACCAAAGCCCAGGACCUCGAAGCAGACUUCGACCGCCGCUCACAAACCACUCAUCAGAACCGCUCAUCUGAUCGCUCAUCCGUUCGACCAUCCGCUCACUCAUCCAGUCGUUCACAUGCAGCCAACCAUUUGUCUCACGGCUCGAGACAAGACAAUCGCAAUCACUCUUCACAACCCUCUGCUCGCCCAACAGAUAGCACUUCCGAUGACUGCCCUUACGUUUGCCGUUUCUGCGCAGACAUUGGAGAAGUCCACUAUCAUUGGCACAAGUACUGUCCUAACCGUACUUCUCAAAGGACUUCUGGAAGCACCUCGCCUUCUGACCCACAAGAAGUCCCUUCAAGCGAUUCGUCUACACAGCAGUCCCAGAACCACUGCAUCACUAACCAGUCCUCUUCCGCAGCUUCAGCACGCGAUGUCCUUCUUAUUCCAGGCCGAAUAGGAUCUCUCCGCCUCUCCGCGUUCGCUGACCCCGGAUCAACACUCGACAUCAUUCCACUACAUGUCGCCCAACGCCUCCGCCUCCGCAUUGACAAUUCCCGGAGCACAUCCAUACACUUGGCUCGUGGCUCCGCGCGCACCGUCGGAGAAGUCACGUUCGACUUCACAGUCAAUCACAUCGUGCGACGCAUCACUGCACAAGUCCUCGAUGGCUUCCGUUACGGACUUCUCCUCUCUCUCCCAACACUCGGACGCCUCGGAGUCAUCAUCGAUACGACCACUCGUAAGGUCUCAUUCAAAGGCCAACACCACAGCUUGUCACACAUCGGUUCCCACCGCGAACCAACACAACAAAAGUCCCGACUGAACGCGCAGACCGUUCCCAAAGUCGUCUCCUCAGGACUUCUCUCACAUCACUCUGGAACUUCUGCGAAAGAAGUCCCCACUAAUCAUUGCAAUCUCAUUACAGUCCCGUUUCAGAACCACAACAACUCCACACCAAAAGGACAAGUUCUGUUGACAGACAAUAAGAAGUCUCACAACCGGCGAACAUACCGUCAAUCCCCUCCAUUAGCAGCCAAAGCUGUACGUCAGGUGCAAACACUUCUCCACGAAGUGCCCGCUCUCGAGUCCGACGCUCAUUACGCCGUUCCCGACACUCUGACGUUCAUCACAGACGGAUCGCACCGCACGCGUUGUGGCAACAAGAAGUCAAUCAACAGCACCACUGUUCUCAACCGCUCUCUCGUCCACACAGAAGUCACGCCAAAGCGUUCACACAUCUCAUCCACGCCUCGAGAAGUCCUCUGCACUUCUCAGCGCUCACCUCCUCGAGAAGUCCCCACAACUACCGGAGACUCAACCAGUACUUCUCGAGAUGCCACCUCUCAUCCAAUCCUACCGAUCAGCUCAGCCCUCGACUACACCCUCAGAACUGUCCGCAAGUUCUCUCGCGAUCUCGUUGUCAUCCCUCCGCAACUCGUCUCACAAGUCCUCACAGAAGCGCACGACCGCGCAGGACAUCCAGGGAUCCGCACAACAAUCAAGAGCCUUCAGUACCGUUACUUCUGGCCAUCCAUGCGCCAAGACAUCCAACAGCACAUUAAGAUUUGUUCCGGAUGUUCACCACUCCACUCACCUCACAUCUCAUCAUCGGAUCCACUCCAACCGAACCUCUGCCGCACUCUCUCCUCAUCAGAAUCCGACGCCGCGCAACUCGUCCUCAUAGCCCAACUCAGCCGUCUUACCUAUGGGACAAGUCUCACAGUCCCGGGGAAUGAUAUGACCAUCAAGUACUUCUACGCUGUAUUUCCCAGAAGUACUAUUGCACUCACAAAUGUAACCUUAAUCCCACACUACUCUCCGACCCGUACUCCACUGUACCCCUCAGCAACAGCCCUAACCAAUCAAAUACUGCCACUGAAGACGAGUGGACACUAUCGGCCCGCAGAAGUCACCCGCAGUACUUCUCCCAUAGCUGUCCCCGCGCCGCAACUGCGCGAAUACUUGUCCCUCUCAGUGAGUAGUCUUAUAAACAGGUUAUGUGACCGCGAAUUAGCUAUCGUUUCGCCAAUCAGUGGCACCACAAGAGAUGUCAUCGAAUCGUGGAUUAAUCUCAACGGCUAUUCCGUCUCCAUAGCAGAUACGGCCGGUAUUAAAGACAUUGACAAUCAUUUCCACGAUAUUAUCGAAAAGGAAGGCAUUAUUAGAGCCAUUAGAAGUGCCAAAGACUCGGAUCUAAUAAUGGUUGUGAUGGACGCCACGACUCUCAUCGCCAGUGAUUGCGAUUCUCUGUUAAAUCCGUUAUAUUUGAAACAAACAGAGAAUUGGAGUAAAAAAGUAAUUUAUUUAAUCAACAAAAUUGAUUUGAUAUCAAAACAAGAUUACAAUCAUUUGCAACAAAAUUGUAAUAAACAUUUGAGUGAUUGGAUUGCCAUCAGCUGUAAGACAUCGGAGGGUUUGCAAGAGUUGACAAUAAAGUUGACACAAAUUGUGGACCAGUUGUGCGGAAACCCAAUCGACGAAACGCUGUUCAUAACGGACAGACAUGAGGCACAUCUCACACGUGUUGUCCAACGGAUCAAACAAUCGCUGGAAACGGUGGACAAAGACAUGGCUAUAUCGGCCCAUCGCUUGCGAGAAGCGAUUCAACAAUUAUCUUAUAUAACCGGAAGAAUAACGACCGAAGAUGUAUUGGAUAGUCCAGACUCCGAGACCACCGAAACUGAAGAGUUUGCCGACGCCUUCCUGCCAAAGACCCAAAUAGAAGCGAUCGAUUCCAAAGCCACCCAAUGUUAUACUGUGUGUCAGCACAUCCAACACAUCCAU